AUGCUGUUCAGAUGGUCUCUGUUCGCCUUAUUCGCCGCUAGAGUUCUAGCUGGCAUGAACAAAACCGGCACACUCUGCAUCGUCACCCCUUCAGGCAGCAAAGACGACUCUGUAUCUAUCAUGGAUGCGUUCAAACAGUGCGGACAAGAUGGGCAGAUCGAAAUCACCGAAGGCGACUACACCAUUGCCAAAGUAAUGGACGUCCUCAACCUAAAGAAUUGUGACAUCAGCAUUAAAGGUAAACUUACCUGGAACGACGACAUCAACUACUGGACUAGGAACUCGAUUGGAGUCACUUAUGCGCAGCGAAGCACUGCUUUUAGACUAGGUGGAGACACCUUCUCCAUCCGCGGCCACAAAAAAGGGCUGUUCUUCGGCAACGGUCAGAGAUGGUACGAUGCCAAUAAGAACGGGUCGAACAUGGCUGGUCGUCCCAUUAGCCUGACAUUGUGGAAGGCAAAAAACGUAUUCAUCGAUGGAAUAACAUGGAGACAGUCCCAAUUCUGGCAUACGUUCGUCGCAUAUUCCGAGAAUGUGACAAUGACCAAUCUUGACAUGAACGCCACGUCGACGUCACAGUGGAACACCGUCAAUACCGAUGGCUUCGACUCCUGGAACUCGAAGGACAUCGUAAUCAAGAAUUGGGUUGUGAAAUGCGGCGAUGAUUGCAUCUCCAUUAAAGGCAACAGCAGCAAUGUCUACGUAAAAAAUGUCACCUGCUACGAAUCCGGCGCCGCCUGCAUCGGCUCCCUCGGCAACAACGCCAUUGACUACGUCGACAAUGUCCUCUUCGAAGACUUCACUGCCAUCCACUCGUCCAACGCUGCAUGGAUAAAGACCUACCCCGGUCAGGGCCAUGUGCGCAAUGUCACGUUCCGGAACUUCUACUUCCAAGACUGGUGGAAGGUUGAUACUGACGAUGAUUAG